GCCCACCCGCCGCCUGCACCGCCAGCCUGGCUUUUCCGCUGGCGGGCGCUGCCGCCCGGGCGGAAGGCGGCUUCUCCUGUCCCUCACCGAGGAGUCUUGGCCGAACGUGUCGCCGGGGCUCCCGGUGACUGGGGAGGGCAUCAGGCCUGCGGAUUUUCAACUGAACUCUCACCUAUCAACACUGGCAAAUAUUCACAAGAUCUACCACACCCUCAAUAGGCUGAAUCUGACAGAGGACGUUGGUCAAGACGAUCACCAGACAGGAAGUCUCCGGUCUUGCAGUUCAUCAGACUGCUUUAGUAAAGUGAUGCCUCCAAGGAAAAAGAGGAGACCUGCAGCAGGAGAUGAUUUAUCUGCUAAGAAAAGUAGACAUGAUGGCAUGUAUAGAAAAUAUGAUUCGACCAGAAUAAAAGCAGAGGAAGAAGUCUUUUCAAGUAAGAGAUGCUUAGAAUGGUUCUAUGAAUAUGCAGGCACUGAUGACAUUGUAGGGCCAGAAGGCAUGGAGAAAUUUUGUGAAGACAUUGGAGUUGAACCUGAAAAUGUAGUUAUGCUUGUACUAGCAUGGAAGUUGGAUGCACAGAACAUGGGCUACUUUACAUUACAGGAAUGGUUGAAAGGAAUGACAUCACUACAAUGUGAUACUACAGAAAAACUGAGGAAUUCUCUGGAUUACUUGAGAUCUCUAUUAAAUGAGCCUACCAAUUUUAAACUUAUUUAUAGAUAUGCAUUUGACUUUGCACGGGAAAAGGAUCAACGCAGCCUAGAUAUCAACACUGCCAAGUGUAUGUUGGGCCUUCUUUUAGGAAAAACAUGGUCCCUUUUCCCAGUCUUUCAUCAGUUUCUAGAGCAAUCCAAAUACAAAGUUAUCAACAAGGACCAAUGGUGCAACGUGCUUGAAUUCAGCAGAACAAUUAACCUCGACCUCAGCAACUAUGAUGAAGACGGAGCCUGGCCAGUGUUGUUGGAUGAGUUUGUGGAAUGGUAUAAAGGCAAGCAGAUGACAUAGGAGUUGUAACUAUGCACAGCCACUCAAGAGUCACUGUUACCACAGUUAAUGUCAACCAUUAGCCAUAAAACUGCUCCUCGUAUCAAAGUGCAUGCUGCUUUUUUUUCUUGCACUGCCUCCCCCCGACCCCUGCAGAGGUGGGAGGACUUUAGAUGUUCGCUCUUUAACAAAGCCUAGCUCUGCCUUGCUGUGUAGCAUUGUUCUCUUUGAAAGGCUGCUUUGCAUUUUGUAUUUACACUACCGAUGGGUGAACUCGCCAGCGUCUUCACUGUGAUGAUGUGUAUAUUGCUGUCUAAAUUUUGUAUAUGUGUAUAAAAAAAACCUACAGCAACAACCCAAACCAAGCUUCACCUAGGGAUAAUUUCUGCAGAAAUGUGUUGUAUAAAAAAAAAAAAACAAACCCCACAAGAAGAGGUAAUUUUGUGGCAUAUUUCUAAGUCCUCACUUGAGAUCUUUGUUUGAGAUUUGAGUUGCUUUCGUUUCGUUGGGUUUUGUUUUCUUUCUUGUUUCUUUUUAGUCUCAAAUGUAGCAUUUGGGAACAAUGGGAAGGAGCAGGCUGCUUUGGACAGAGCUUAUGUGAAGAACAAGUCAGUUUCCACGUUGCUGUUGGAGAUGUCAGUUUGUGAGGGGAGAAGACAAUGCUGUGACUUUUCUUUUUCUUUCUGGUUUUUCUUUUCAUUUCCUUCACCAGAACUCACCAAACCUGACCUAUUGCUUGAUAGGAAUGGAAGAGUGGUGUCUUAAAACCCCAAGAAAUAUAUAUAUAUAUACAUAUAAAUAUGUAAUAGUUGUACAUGCCACAGAUUGUUUGAAGAGGAGGAGAUUAAAAACCCAACCAAGUGCUGACUUUUUAAUGUUCAAACUGCAGUAAGUCGUUACAGGUACAAAUGAACAAAUUAAAAUACCUUUUGAAAAUGG